AUGGGCGGCGGGGCUCGGGAGCUGGCCGGGUACCUGGCGGCUCUGGCCGGCUGGAUGGCGGCGCUGGCGGCCGCCGUGCUGCCGCACUGGAGGCAGAGCUCGUACGCCGGGGACGCCAUCAUCACGGCCGUGGGGCUCCACGAGGGGCUGUGGAUGAGCUGCGCCGCGCAGAGCACAGGGCAGGUCCAGUGCCGCCUGCACGACUCGCUGCUGUCCCUCGAAGUUCACAUCCAGACAUGCCGGGCUCUCAUGGUCAUUUCUCUCCUCCUGGGCUUCUUUGGCAUCAUCGUGAGCGUGGUGGGCAUGAAGUGCACUAAAGUUGGGGAGGAGGAUCCUGUCACCAAGAGCCGCAUAGCUGUUGCUGGAGGUGUCUUCUUCGUUCUCUCUGGUCUGUGCACGCUGGCUGCCGUGUCGUUGUAUGCAACACAGGUGACCUAUGAGUUCUUCAGAGAGAGCACCAUCCCCAUCAACGCUAGGUACGAAUUUGGCUCUGCUCUCUUCGUGGGCUGGGGGGCCGCCAGCCUCUCCAUGCUGGGGGGGUCCCUCCUGUGCUGCUCCUGGCCUGCCAAGGAGCGCCGAGGACAGCAGUACCUUCGGCAGCCACAGCUCUCCACGGCCAGGGACCCCCCCGUAAAACUGUGUCCUGCACCCCUCAGGGGAGAGCAGUGCUUGUAGGCUGGCAUCACCCAUCAGGUGCUGCACCCAGAUUUUGGGGUUCCCCUCGAAAAACACCAACCAAAAGCCACUGCAGCGAGGAUUGAAAAUGAACCUUGUGCCUUAAAACAAACAAACAAACCUAAAAAGGCCUUUUUAUAUUUCAGUAUAAAGAUGGGGUUUUUUUUCUAUUAAUAUGAAUUCCAUUAACUUUUCCAUGGGACGGGUGGGGAUUUUUUUAAAUGCCUUUUUUCUUUUUUUCUUUUUUGUUUUUUUUUCUUUUUGUACUAAAAAUUGUGACUCGGUGGUAUUAAAAUAUUUUCAAUCACGGGCA